AUCUACAAUACUAACAACAAUAAUAAUAUACCGUUGGUUCAUUAAGACAGCAAUGGCUACUUUUCGUCUAUGUCUGAAUCUGCUCCUUGCCUCUCUGCUUUUGCACCAAUUGCUUUCCACCGUUGCUCACACCAAUGAAGUUGAGAAUCAGCAUGACUUUACGUACAGUGUGAACAUGACAACCGGUCCUCACAAUUGGGGCAAGCUGAAUCCGAAUUGGACAGCCUGCGGCAUCGGACAAUUCCAGUCUCCCAUCGACCUCGUCGAUUCCCGCGUCGUCGUCCUGCCCGCCCUCGGCAGCGUCAUCCGACUCCACAAACCGGCUCCGGCCCAAGUCCAAAACCGCGGCCACGACAUCACGGUGAAGUGGGUGGGAGAUGCCGGCGGCGUGAUCAUAAACGGGACCAUGUACAAACUUCAGCAAUGCCAUUGGCACACUCCCUCCGAGCACACCGUCGAAGGCCGAAAAUACCCUAUGGAGAUGCAUAUGGUCCAUCAAGACUCUCGCGGCCAGAUCGCCGUCAUUGGCCUUCUCUACAAUGUCGGAACUCAAGAUCCGUUCCUCGCAAGUCUUCUACGGAACAACAGAAACAUUAGUCAUAUCGGACAACACAUGGGAGUCGUCGAUCCGAACCAAAUCAGAUUCGAAAGCCGGCAUUAUUUACGAUACAUUGGCUCGCUCACAACUCCACCGUGUACGGAGGGCGUCAUCUGGACGAUCUUAAGACAGAGAAGCACAGUUUCAGUUCGACAAAUCAAAGGUCUGAGGAGGGCUGUUGAGGAUGGAUUCGAAAACAAUGCAAGGCCAAUUCAGCAUUAUACGAAGCCUGUGUUUAUAAAUCGUCCAGACAGGGAGCCCUGAAACCCUUCCAUUUCUCUACGGUGAACUUCGCUGCGGUUGCUGCAACUACUACUAUUGUUUGAUUUUUAUGUCCUCCGGCACCGGAGGAGACAUACUACCUAAUAAUAUUUAUUCGUGUGAUUCGUUAUAUAUUAUGAUGUAAUCUACUGAGGAUGUUAUUACAUCAUCAAUUCCAUACAUACAUAUA